AUGUUAACUUUGACAUUGAUACUCUGUAUCAAAUCUUGCUGUGCAUUUCAUAUUGAAUUUAAUUCGGACUCAACCACAGCCAUUCUAAAUGUCAGUCAAGUUAACCCAUAUGGAGCAUGUUUAGAAGCCAUAUUGCCUAAGGGUUGGUCUUACCAUAUUUCAAGCAAUAUAAUCGCUCAGGACGACGUCAUUUGCUUGUCGGCUUAUUUAUCAGGAAGAUCGUUACUGGAAAACCAAGUUGGAUAUAUACUUGCGGCGUCAUCACAUAUUGGACUUCAUGACACUACACUAAUGAUGCGGAAUGAUACUUUGAUUGAUUAUAUGGCCAAGGAUUAUAUUGACGAAGUGUUUGAUGAAUUAUCAGACGAACAGAAAUAA